AUGCAUAGUUUACAAGACAAAGUUGCCAUCGUAACUGGAGGGGCUGGGGGUAUAGGAGCCUGUAUUGUCAGGGAUUUUGUGAAAGAGGGCGCUAAGGUAACAAUUUUAGAUGUCGAUGAGCAGGGAGGCAAGAAUCUGGUACAGGAGUUGUCUAACCAAGGGAAGAAAGUGCAAUUUAUCCGAUGUGACGUCAGUAUCGAAGAGCAUCUCCUCAAGGCUUUCGAAAACGUCAUUGCUCGAGAGGGUGGGAUAGACGUUGUAGUGAACAAUGCAGGCAUUGCUGAUGAGUCCUUUGAUGGAUUCAAGAAAGAAAUCGCCUUGAACUAUACAGGUGUGAUUUCCUCAACGAUUAGGGUAAUGGAGAUAAUGCGUAGAGACAGAGGAGGCAAAGGUGGAACCAUCAUCAACGUAUCAUCUAUUCUGGGAAUGAAGAGAUAUUGUCCAGGUCUCUACGUUUAUGGUUCGAUUAAAAAUGCCCUCAUACAUUUCGGCAGUUCUAUUGGGAUGAAAGAAUAUUUUACCCGAACUAAUGUACGAGUUAUGACGAUGUGCUUUGGCAUCACCAAUACAGGCAUUCUUGAGAAUUCUAAAAGCUUCGAUGAUCAAAUACGACGUGAGUUUGAACAAAGGUUACAGUAUGCCUUAGCAAGAAACGCUGGACAAAGUGCGGAAGAUGCCGCUAAGGGAAUAGUGGAAUGUUUCAAGAACGGCGAAAGUGGAAGCACUUGGCUGGUCAAUAAAGGUGUUAUUACUGACAUUUCGAAUGAUGUAACAAAGGCUUAUGAUAUUCUUAGUGAGAAAGUCAUCACAUAA